CAUCCGCAACGUUAACACACAAACCCUCCCUCCUCCGCCGCAGCUCCGCCGCAAUGGCUCCUUUCCGGUUAUCAGCCACCGUCUCCGCCUUUUCCCUCCUCUUCUGCCUCCUCCUCUCCUCCUCAAACGCCCACAAUAUCACCAGAAUCUUGGCCAAAGACCCUAGCUUCUCCACGUUCAACCAUUACCUCAGUGCCACGCAUCUCGCCGACGAUAUCAACCGCCGGCAAACGAUCACCGUAUUGGCCGUCGACAACGCCGGAAUGUCGUCGAUCCUCUCCAAAGGCUACUCACUCUACACAAUCCGGAACAUCCUCUCCCUCCACGUCCUCGUCGAUUACUUUGGCGCCAAAAAGCUCCACCAGAUCACCGACGGGACAACCUCGACGUCAACCAUGUUUCAGGCCACAGGUUCGGCCACGGGGACCUCCGGUUACGUCAACAUCACUGACUUGAAAGGCGGGAAAGUCGCGUUCGGUGUCCAAGAUGACGACAGCAAGCUCACUGCUCAUUACAUCAAGUCUGUAUUCGAGAAAGCUUACAAUAUCUCUGUUCUUCAGAUCAGUCAGGUCUUGACUUCUCCCGAGGCUGAGGCUCCCACUCCGAGCCCUGGCGAUCUCAAUCUCACUUCCAUUCUUGAUAAGCAAGGAUGCAAAGCCUUUGCGGACAUGAUGACCUCGACGGGAGCCGACAAGACGUUCCAGGACACGAUUGACGGAGGGUUAACUGUGUUCUGUCCGACCGACGGCGCCGUCAGCAAGUUCAUGCCAAAGUUCAAGUCUUUGUCCGCGGCGAACAAGACGGCGUUAGUGUUGUACCAUGGAAUCCCUGUUUAUCAGUCGUUGCAGAUGUUGAGAUCUGGUAACGGUGCCGUUAACACUCUGGCGACGGAGGGAGACAACAAGUACGAUUUCACAGUGCAGAACGACGGCGAGGACGUGACGUUGGAGACGGACGUUGUAACGGCGCAGGUAACGGGGACGUUGAAGGACCAGGAGCCGUUGAUUGUGUACAAAAUCGAUAAGGUUUUGAUGCCCAGAGAGAUUUUCAAGGCCACUGUCAAGGAAGCUCCGUCGCCGAAGCCGAGCAAGCACAAGAAGAAGUCGACGGCGGAUGAUGAGUUGGCCGACGGCCCGGGCGCCGAUGCUCCGGCGGAUGAUUCCGAAGACCAAGUCGCCGACGACAAAAACGGCGCCGCUCCGGAAAUGAUGACGUUGACGGCUGGUCGGAGUUUCUUGACGGCGAUUGUCGGAUUCUGUCUCGGUGUUGCUUAUUUCAUGUGAGGACCAAAAAAAAAAAUAAAUGAAAGAGUGAAGUGGGUUUGCGACACGUGGCAUGUGUAUGAUAUUGCCUCGGUGGGAAUCUUGCUCGAUAUUUUUGAUUUUUUUUUUUCAUUCUUUUCUGGAAAUGAUUUGUUUUUUUAUUUAUUUUUGUGUGGAGAUUUGGAAUAAUAAUUAGCCCAACUUGCUUGGGCUGUCGGUUUUAUAUUGGAUUUUUCUAUGGAUAUUACGUUUAAA